GAAUUUCUAUCUGCAAAGAAAAUUGUCCAUAAAUACUAAGUAGAGAAAAUAUAUUAAUUAAGCAAACAAGUUAUAAUAGUAAUUAAAUAUAUUCCACUAAAAUCUUAAUACAUAUAUAGUUAAUUAUUUACCAAAAGUCCAUAUUGUGAUAAGUCUUACAUAACCAAGUGGUCUUGGCCUAUUGGUAAAGGAGUUUCAACUGGAGAUUUCGCCAUGGAUUCGAUUCCUCUUGACAGACGUUUUAAGUGACAAGAAAUAAGUCUUACAUUAAAAAUGAAAAAAAAAUGCUAUUUUUGUUGGAAUUUCUUUUAAUGUUGCUCGUCUGCAAAUCAAAGUGUUCAUUAAUAGUAAGUAAAUAAACGAUAUUAAUUAAGCAUUUAUAUUGUACAAUAUACUAGUUAUGUAAUAGUUAAAUUAUUUCACUAAAAUCAUAUUUAAUACAUAUAUAGUUAAUUAUUUACCAAAAAGUCCAAUAUGUGAUAAGUCUUACAUUCAAAAAUGAAAAAAAAAGUCUAAAGUUUAAUACAUAUAUUGUUAAUGUUGCUGGUCUGCAAAGUAUAUUGUCCAUAAAUACUAAGUAGAGAAACAAUAAACUGUAAUAGAUCUCAAAACUGAAGCGCACUAUAAUUAAGAGCAAUAAAGUAUGGUUAAGGUGUGAAUGCAUGGAAAUAUGUAAUGAUCUCUAAGCUUAAAACCGUAUAACAAAUAUGAAAUAUAAAGUGUAUAGUAAAAGUAAUCUAGUAGACUAGUAGUUAGAGUUGUUAAAAAAAAGACUAGUGUUUAGAGAGAGAAAAAUAAAGAUCGGUCCGUGCCAUAUAAUAUAGUUUCAGUAUAUAUACACAUAACAAACGGACUCAUUCAUCCACUUUCAUCAGAGCUCAGAAAAUCUAAAGGCACAAAUCACUUUCUCUCUAUUUUAAUUUUCCGGUUUUGUUUAUUAUGUCUACACGCUCACCAGUACCAACACUGUCAGAGCAAUAUCACCCUUUCGACGAUGGUGUUUACGACUGUGUGAAGAAAGUUAUUAUAGGAGAAGACACUCAGGGCAUCGCUUACAUCACAAUCCAGUACGUGAGAAACGGAGAUGUCGUGCAGCUAGAACAUGGAAGCGAAAGAGGAGCACAAAUCACUGAGACGGAGUUUGAAGUUAAGGACCCAGACGAAUACAUCACAUGCAUUGAGGGAACAUGUGGAGAAGCAAACUUUUGUGACAGCCCCAUCGCGCUGUGGACUGAAAAGUUUUAUCAUACGGUGUCAGAGAUUCAGUUCACGACAUCACACGGGAGAACAUCUCCGAAGAUUGGAUGUAAGCCUGAGGCUGACAGCUUCACGUUCAAGUUGAAGGGAAAAAAUGGAACGAAGCUUGUUGGGCUCCAUGGAAAAUCUGGACGUUUUCUCGAGGCUCUAAAAGCUUAUUUUGUCGUGGUUUCUUCUACUUUAAAGCAAUUAGAACCUCAAGGCCGCUCCGAUGGGCAUUCUUGGGAUGAUGGGGCUUAUGACGGUCUGAGAAAAGUGUGUAUCGGAGAAGAUGGUGGCCGUGUGAGCUCCGUUGAGUUUGUGUAUGCCAAAGGAAACGAAUGUAUAACUCAUUGUCACGGCAGACAUUCAAAUGAACGUAAACAGUUUGAGCUGCGGUAUGAAGAUGGUGAAUAUAUUAUAUCCUUUGAGGGAACUACAGAUAAAGAUGGUUACAUCUCGUCUUUAAUCUUCAACACAUCAAUGGAUAGAAGUUCAGAUGAAUUUGGAAAAGCGGUUGCUAACAACGAGUUCUUCCUCAAGCCAAGAGGGUUUCAUAAGCUUGUCGGUUUCCGAGGAAGGUCCUGCGUUGAUCGUAUCAAUGCUCUUGGGGCAAAUUUCGCUGUGGUGCUAGCUCCUCCGGUCAAGAAACUACAAGCACAAGGUACUAAUGACCAGGGGGAAGAGUGGGAUGAUGGGGUCCAUGACAAUGUUCGUAUGAUAACGGUAACAUACCGCUACGACUGUGUGGUAUCGGUCACGUUUGAAUAUGCCAAUGGAGCGGAGACUGUACUUGGAGACCCUCACGGGAUCUUGGAUGAUCAUCAUGAGAAAAAAGAGUUCAAGCUCUGUGAUAAUAAUGAAUACAUCACAUCCGUUGAAGGAUUCUUCGGUCAAAAGUGGAUCAGUACUCAAAGCGCAGGUGACGAGUUUAAAUCUAUAUACUAUAACAUGAAGAGGCUUGAUUUCAACACAAAUAUUAGAACAUAUUCAGUGAUGGAAAACAAUACACGUGACGGUUUUCUAGCCGUAGUACCGUUCAAGUUGGAGAAGAAAGGUCACAAAAUUGUUGGCUUCCGUGGCAAGUCUACAGAAUUUUCUCUCCAACAAAUUGGUGUUUAUGUUAAGCCAAUUGAUGACGCUAAUUAAGCUUUUAAUAUUUGCCUUGGUAGAAUAAUUACGAAAAAGCUAUAUAUGCUUAGACUCUCUCCUUCAACUAUCUAUGUUCUCUCGUGAUUGUUGUUUUAACUCUGGUGCUUCCAGUAUUAUCCUUGACUAUGUUUUAAGGUUUUUAUGUUUGAAUAAAGAGGUAUGCUAUA